UUAAAUUAUCCGAAUAUACUAUAAUCUUGUUUCUUUUGUUUUUGCUUUAAUCUUGCUACCAACCAUAACCCUACCAAUUGCCUCUUUGCCUUAUAUAAAAACAACACUCUAGCUCUAUUUAUAUCAUCAAUACACCACUUGAGAGCAUCACCAGAAACCGAUUAAGAAAAUCAUAUUUCAUACAUUGUGAAAGAGAAAAAUAUAUUUUUGCUUCAAUAUUCAAAUAAAUAUUAUUCAUGGCUACGUGGGUUUUGCAUUAUCUUUUAGUGGCAUUUCUGAUUGCCAUUAGUUACAACAUCGAUGCUGCAUCGGCAGGAAUCACGCGGCACUACAAGUUCGAUAUUCAACUAAAAAACAUCACAAGAUUAUGCAAGACAAAAACAAUCGUGACGGUCAAUGGAAAAUUCCCAGGACCUAAGGUUAUCGCAAGAGAAGGAGAUAAUCUACAGAUCCAAGUUGUUAAUCAUGUCUCCAAUAACAUUUCCAUACACUGGCAUGGGAUCCGGCAGCUAAGGAGCGGUUGGGCGGAUGGACCAUCGUAUGUCACACAAUGUCCAAUUCGAACCGGACAAAGUUAUGUUUACAACUUCACGGUGACCGGUCAAAGAGGAACCUUGUGGUGGCAUGCUCACAUUCAAUGGAUGAGAGCCACCGUGUACGGACCAUUGAUCAUUCUCCCUAAACUUUAUCAACCUUAUCCUUUUCCCAAGCCUUACAAACAAGUCCCUAUACUCUUUGGUGAAUGGUUUAGUGCUGAUCCUCAAGCAGUGUUACAACAAGCUCUUCAGACUGGUGGAGGGCCAAAUGCCUCUGAUGCUCAUACUUUUAAUGGGCUUCCAGGCCCGUUAUACAAUUGCUCUACAAAAGACACAUACAAGUUGACAGUGGAACCUGGGAAGACAUAUCUACUAAGACUGAUCAAUGCUGCACUCGAUGAUGAACUCUUCUUCACCAUAGCCAAUCAUACAUUAACAGUGGUCGAAGCUGACGCUAGCUACGUUAAACCAUUCCAAACCAACAUUGUACUUCUCGGUCCGGGACAAACCACCAACGUACUACUCAAAACCAAACCUAUCUACCCAAAUGCAACUUUCUACAUGAUGGCAAGACCUUACUUCACCGGCCAAGGAACAAUCGAUAACACAACCGUCGCGGGAAUUCUCCAAUACCAUAAUAAACCGACGUCAAAUCAUUUUAACUCUUCUAAGAACCUUCCUGUGAUUAAACCUUCUCUCCCUCCUAUCAACAGCACAAGCUACGCCGCAAAUUUCACUAAAAUGUUUAGAAGCUUGGCGAGUUCUAGAUUUCCAGCAAACGUACCAAAAACCGUGGAUAAGAAAUAUCUCUUUACCGUCGGUUUAGGAACCAACCCUUGUCCUAAAAACCAAACGUGCCAAGGACCAACUAAUACCACGAAGUUCGCAGCAGCUAUCAACAAUGUGUCUUUCAUCUUACCAAACAAGACUUCUCUAUUGCAAUCAUACUUCUUUGGAAAGUCCAAUAAAGUUUUCAUGACCGAUUUUCCAAGUGCCCCUAUUUUUCCAUUUAAUUACACGGGUAUGCCACCAAACAACACAAUGGUCUCAAGAGGGACAAAACUCGUGGUCUUGAAGUACAACACAACUGUUGAGUUGGUCUUGCAAGGCACUAGUAUCUUGGGUAUUGAGGCACAUCCUAUUCAUCUUCAUGGCUUCAACUUUUAUGUGGUAGGUCAAGGCUUUGGUAAUUUUGACCCGACCCGUGACCCAAAACAGUAUAACCUAGUUGACCCGGUUGAACGAAACACCAUCAAUGUCCCUUCCGGUGGUUGGGUUGCCAUCCGCUUCCUUGCCGAUAAUCCAGGUGUGUGGUUAAUGCAUUGCCACAUUGAGAUUCAUUUGAGUUGGGGUCUGACUAUGGCUUGGGUGGUUCUGGAUGGAGACCUUCCAAAUCAGAAGCUCCUUCCUCCACCCUCAGAUCUUCCUAAAUGUUGACUCUGACCGAUCCAACGCCUGUUCUGAUGCCACAUCACCUUUUUACCUUUCUUGGAAUGCUAUUUUCUUAAAUUGUGCAAUAUGUGUUUUCUCGUUUUCCUCUUUUUUCCCUCUUUAGUGCUUCUGUGUUUUGUGAAUCAUCCACUUGAGAAUUCUGAUUUUUUUUCUUUUUUAAUUUUUACUUGUAAGAAAGUGAGUGAACUGAAGAGCUUUGGUCGCCGUGAUAAUUUCUCUUGACAUUAUUUUGACGCAAAGUAAAUAAUUUUUGUAAUCAACAAAAUGCAUUAGCACAAAUAUGCAAGACUGCAACGUUGAUCUUC